AUGGGUCACAAACUAUCAAAAACCACAAUAUCUAACAACAAUAAAUUAAAAGCCAAAGCAACAGUCAAAGUUGAAAAACGAAAAAAGUUUCGUUCUUUGCGCACCAAUUCCAACGAACAAGUUUUAAUCAUUGAUGAAAGUAUUAAUGAAACUUGGCGUUUUACCGGUAGUGGUAAACGAAUCCAUUAUGCAAAAAAUUCCAAAUUAUUCAAUAAAGGUGUCUCUGAUAAUGAAAUUGAAAGAUUACAAAAACAACAUUGGUUCUUUAAACGUAUUUGGCAAAGUAAUUAUUCAGCUCCCAUUGAAGAGAAAUUGAGAGCUGGUGUUAAAGUUCUUGAUAUUGGGUAUGAUGAUCAUUUAUUUAUUUCUUCAUUUAACAUGGAGCUAGCAAAUGUCAAGUUUCUUAAAGCAAAUAUACUUGACGGUCUUCCAUUUUUAGACGAUUCUUUUGACUUUGUUCACAUGGGAUUAUUAGUAACUGCGUUCACCGCUACUGAAUUGAAAGAAAAAGUCUUUCCCGAAAUUAUAAGGAUUACUAAGCAAGGUGGUUGGAUAGAAUUCAUGGAAAGCGACAUACAAUAUCUUAAUGAAGGUCCUACAACUGCAAGAUUAACGAAUGCACUAACGUCGUUCAUGAAAUCUAAAGGAAUAUUGGAACCAUUGAAUACAUAUAUCCCUCAAUCAAUAGAAGAUAAUGAAAAAAUACAGAAAGGUAUCCAAACCGAAGAAAAAACUUGUUUCGUUGGAAAGUGGGCGGGUGACCUCGGUAGAAUGGCUGUAGAAGAUAUUGCCAACGGAUGGACUGCAAUCAAGGCUCCAUUAUCUAAAGCAAUGAAAAUGAAAUCUCAAGAAUAUGACGAAUUGGUCGCCACAUUUUCCAAAGAAGUCGAACAAAACAGAACAUAUUUCAAGACUUGGAGAUUUGUCGCUCAAAAGAUUGGCUCUACUACGCCUAUAUCUGAUAUAAUUACCACUACUACUACUUAA